AAACGCCGCUGCCGCCACUGGCUCAACAAACUGUCGACGAAUUGUCGAGUCCGUUGCGCGUGUGCACAGCCUCCGCAACGUUUCUCAACACGUUUCACUCUCUCGACCCGACCCAACGUACGCGACGUCCCCUUGCCGCCAUGGCCGAGUCGGAAAAAAUGGCGCGCGACGCAUCCACCGAUGGGUUCGUGUGCCCACCCUGCCAAAUCUUUUACCCUACCCCUGAAGAGUUUAAAAACCCAUUGCUGUACAUCGCAAGCAUCCGCGCGGAAGCGGCGCAGACAGGGAUCUGCAAGAUCGUGCCCCCCGCGGGGUGGCGGCCCCCGUUCGCAGUAAACGAGAAAAAAUUCAAGUUUCGCACGAGGUUACAACCGUUGAACGCGAUCGAGGGAAAUUCGCGCCAGGAAGGCACAUUUGUGGAAAAAUGGCGCUUGUUUCUGUAUCGCAAUGGUACCCCCAUGGAGCAUACACCUGUCCUCGAUGGCUUGGGAACGAACUUCAGCACAUUGUACAAUAUUGUUUGCUACUACGGGGGCUUUGACGCGGUGGAGAAAAGUGCUGCAUGGUCCACCGUGGUCGAGACCCUCCGCGAAGUGACCGACUUGACCAUCACGCCGACAAUUGAAGAGGAAGUGCGCUCGCUCUACAGGACGUAUUUUCUCUCCUUCGAACUCCACGAAAAAAACACGAAACCAACGCUUUCUCCUGCUGUGAAAGCCAACACUGCCACCAUGAAAACCGAACCGGCAGUCUUGAAAGCCGAACAACGGCCUUCCAUCGGGUGCGUGGACGGCAUAGUCCAGACAUCAAACGACGCCAGCGAUAGCACGGACAUGGCGCCUGCUGUCCCUGUCAAGCGUGGUCGAGGGCGUCCUCGAAAAGCAGACUCAGUCAAACCUGCUACCUUGGUUGAGUCGAAACCCUCAACGCCUCCACUGCUUCGAUCGGAUGUCGCAGCCCAGACCACCCCGAUAAUUUUCCCUGGUUUUAUCAAACGGGGCCGAGGGCGGCCUCGAAAAGCAGACAGUGCAGCAAUCCGACUCCUCAGCACGGAAGCUCAAGAGCCCGUGGACCCGGCUCUGCUGGAGCCAACUGCUCUGGCCGCAGAUCCGGAGCGAACAACUCGCUUGAGUCCUCCGUGUGUGCGGGUGGGACAAAAGUACUAUCGCAGUUUUGGAGCAGGCUCCGCUGUACUUGGCGAAGUCAAGCGAGUUCUGCCAGGCAAGAAAGUAAUGGUGCAGGUCGAAUACCCAGAUGGCGCUCGCGACACAAUCUCGUAUGGCACAAUGCAGCUCAUUCUGGCCAACGGUAGCACGAGUGAAUCGGCCCAACUGGCGCUCCAGAACGACAUUUGCCAAUUCUGCCUUCGAGGAGAUUGCGUGGACCGCAUGGUCCAUUGCAGUGGGUGCAACGGCGGGUUCCAUGGGUUCUGCUUGACGCGUCCCGUCGAGGACCUGCCGCGAGGCGACUGGUUUUGUGAGAUUUGCAUCGCCGAACAACUGUCGGAGAAACCGACGAAAUUUGGGUUUGAAAUGGGCGCGGAGCACACGCUCGCGUCGUUCAAGGCCAAGGCAGACGCAUGGCAACAAGAGUACUUCCAAUCGUCUCACGUGCCGUCCAUCCAAGAACUUGAAGCUGAGUACUGGCGAAUUGUAACCGACCCCACCCGGAAAAUCCAAGUCGAGUACGGCAGCGACGUGGACACAGGGACCAUGGGCAGCGGGUUUCCCGUUCUGGAGAAAAUCAAGAAAAUUCGGAAUCGCCUGUUAGAUCGAUACAGAGCCGUGCACAUGACGUCGCCGGAGCUCCAGUCUCCAACAGAUCUCUCGUUGAAGACGAUGCUGGCCGAGGGACUCGAAUUAGAGAACGAGUCCAAUUUUGACGCCGUCAACAACCUCAACAUGUACGCGACGAGCCCGUGGAACCUGACGAACCUGCCCAAGCUCAACGGAUCGAUGCUCCAGUACUUGGACGAGGACAUCAAGGGCGUCAUGGUCCCGUGGAUGUACGUUGGCAUGUGCUUUUCCACGUUUUGCUGGCACGUGGAGGACCACAACUUUUACAGCAUCUCGUAUCUUCACCGCGGCGCCCCCAAGACCUGGUACGGCGUGCCUGGCCACGCCGCUGACAAGAUGGAAAGCGUCAUGCGAAAGGUGACUCCAGGUCUGUUUGGCUCGCAGCCCGAUCUUCAUAUGCAACUGGUCACGAUGUUUUCGCCCGAAACCCUGCAAAAGCAUGGAGUCCCAGUGUAUCGUGCGACGCAUUACCCCAACGAAUUCAUCGUGACGUACCCGUCGUCGUAUCACGGCGGGUUUAACAACGGCUUCAACUUGGCCGAAGCCGUCAAUUUUGCGACGCCAGAUUGGAUAUCGUGGGGCCACAUCGCCGUGCAAAACUACAAAAAGUUUUCCAAAAUCCCAGUCUUCUCUCACGAUGCCCUCUUGCUAACGGUCACGUUGGCCUCGUUGGAAGGCUCUGGCGCGUUGGACGCUGGCAGUGUCAAGGCGCACGUUCUACCUAGCCUCAAGACCUUGCGGGACGAAACAGUUGCCUUCCACGACGCAGUUCGAGCCCAUGGUAUUGUCAAGUCGGAACCUAUGGAGGGGUAUUUGGAGUCCCAUGGCCGGUCGACAUUUUCCCGUGCGUCGGCCCGCAUUCGCCUGGCCACUGCCGACUUCGAUGAGGACGUGGAACCCGUGCGACUGUCGAAAAUGAUGCGUACCGAAAAGAUGAAAGUGGGCAAAAUGAGCGUCGCGUCCAAUUCGCGCGUGUCUCGCCAAGUGUUGUGGGCCGGUCGCACCGGGAAACACGACGGCUUGCGGUGUACAAAAUGUCAGCAGUACUGCUUCGUGGCGGCUGUUGUGUGCUUUAAGUGUCGCGCUAUCGGGUGCUCGGACCACUUUGCUUCCAUGUGCAAGUGCGACGUGACGACUAACGGCAUUUGGCUGCAUCACGUCGACACAGCCGUGCUCACCCAGUAUAUUGACACCCUCGACAGCAAGUUUGAGCAGGCGCACGAGUGGGAGCGCGAGCUUGAAUCAAUCACGACCUUGGACCAACUUAAUCUCGCCCUUGAACGAAGCGACCAGAUGAAACGCGAGCAUAUUGAAGUGUCUGCAAGUCGAUUGUACGAACUGAAGGUGGCUGCGGCGGCACUGCAAUCGUGGCGCAACCAAGCGCUUCGGUGCAUGCAGGAUGGGACGCUGUCUGAGCUUUGCGAGCUGAACCGUGCGGCCGCCUCGUUAAAGUAUUCGAUGCCUGAAAUCCAACAAAUCGCGGAAUUGGUGACCACGACCCAGUCAAUUCAGCAGCAAGCACAAUUGGUGAUCCAAGAAUUGCAGAUUCUCAAGUCGGACGACGCCAACGCGCCUGCUCAAGUGAGUUUGGAAUCGUUGCACAGCGAGAACCACGUGCUGGGGAUUUUUGUUCGAAGUAUUGAGACUUUGCUCGCAGACCUGGGUUCAACUGGCAUUCCCGAAACCUCCACGCUGCACAGCGAGUUGGCGUACCUCAACUGGUUGCUAGCUGCCAACGCCCUCGUCGAGAAGUCGCUGGCCAAUUCGACCGCUGUCCUCUCGUUAUCCACCGAGCUGUUUCCGACCAUUUCGGAUAUUGACGCAAUAUGGAGCAGCCCUGCACGCACACUCGUCUCGCACAGCGCAAAGCUGGAUCGGCUGUCCCAGUUGCGUCAAAUCUGCGUCGACGAAGCGCAUAAACUGCAAUCGUUUGUCAACGACAUUCCCAAAAGCCUCGAGGAAAUGGGCAGUCAGUUGCGUCGCCUCAUCCAGCUACCUGCGUUUCCAUUGGAAGUAGUUCGCUUGCUAGACAAGUGGAAGCAGUCUCGAGUGUGGACCGAUGAGGCGGCGCAUGCUUUGAGCACCAAGGUCGGUUGGAAAGAAGCGCUGGCGCUGGAAGAACAAGCCGAGCUGCACGAGAUCCCACCGUCGUCCCUUCUGCGGCGUCAACUGCACAGUCGCAUCCAGGACGGCAAGCGAUGGCUCGCCCGAACCCACGGCCUGUUCAGGACAGAGCUCUCCCAAGACGAAUUUUCCUUGCAAGACGCGCUGGAAAGGAGCGCCAUCGAAGAAGAGCUCACCUCCCUCAUUUGCAUUUGCAAUCAAACGUACCACGAACGAGUCGCAGUGGUGCGAUGCACGGGCUGCACCUCCUUGUUUCACCCGCCCUGUGUGGGUGUCGACCCAAACCAAGGCCACAGGUCGUACAUGUGCAAGGAGUGCUGUACGUCCCGACGGAUGCCUUACCAUGCCGUGGCGACGGUCGAGACACUGUACUGCCUCUGCCGCACCCCCAUCGACAACGUUCCCAUGAUUUGCUGCGACUUUUGCGACGAGUGGUACCAUGCCAAGUGCAUUGGGCUGUCGCCGGUCGCACUGAGUGAGCUGGAAGCGUACCGUUGUCAAGCAUGCGCAUUUCGUCAAGGCAUGGGCAAUCUCGUGUUUAAACGCCCGUGGCGACCUACGCUGAGGCAAGUGCAAGGGCUCAUUGCGCGCGGCGAGGCGCUACAAAUUAAAGUGCCCGGGCUGGACCACUUGCGGAACCUUGUGAACGAUGGCGUCAAGGUUCUGGAAGAUGUGGCUGCAUUCGAGCGAUCGUUUCUCGACCGAUGUGCCCUUCCAACUAUCGUCGACCGACUUGAGACCCUGACCACGGAAUUGAACGACAAUAUCACCAUCGUGCAGCGUGUGGAGUCGCUCGUGCAAUUGGAGCCAGCCCCGAACAAACUCCAGACCUUGCAGUGGUUCUUGCGUGCGUGCCGACUCAUAUUUUGCUCGACGCCUGCUCCCAGAUACUCGCAGCUCGUCAUCUUGGUGGCGGACGUCGUCCACGGCAAGCUGGACUUUCCAACGCCGGACCUGUGUCGGUUUUACAAAGAGAUCGAUCUCAAGCUAUCGCGCGCCGUGGACUGGGUGAAGCAGGUCAAAGCCCUCUCGUCGACGUGCAACCUCCUGGCGUUGAAAGAAGAAGCCGAGGGAAUCUCGCAGUUCCUUUUGCUCCCCGACGCCGCCGUCUCGAAAUUCAACCUGGCGCUUAAGUAUCACUACGGGCGGUCGUAGAAACGACGGCAGUUGCUGUAUUUAUCCUACGUGCCUCCUUCCAAAUACACGCACUGUUGUUCCUGUUUCAUCUACUCUUCCUCCGGUGCUGGGAUGA